AUGCCUCUCGUCCUGCCGUCCCGCCCCGGGCCUGUGUCGCCGGGUCGCAGGCGCUGGCAGCUGCAGCGGGGAGGGGGCGACUCGGCAGGCCGGGCCCGGGCGCACGGUCCCCUCGGCACCCUGCGGGAGGCGCCGGGCCGGGACCUGGGAGCUCGCGGGUGCAGACAGGUAUUUCCAGUCGGGCCGGGGAAGGGGCGGGCGGGGCGGGGAACGCGAGCCGGGCCCCCCCACCCACCCCCGAAGCUGCGCGGAUCCCCCCGGGGGUCCCGCUCCCGGCCGGGCUCGGCUGUCUGGCCCCGCGCCUCUCCCCGGCCGCGCGCGGACGGCGGGGGGCUCGCGGGUGGCGAGGCCCGGGAGGACGGCGGGCCAGCUCCGGCGACCCGGGGCCCGCGCGGCGCGUCUCCCCCGCUCCUCCCCGGCCGCUCCCGGCGCCCGGAGCUCCGCCAGGGGGCGACCCGAGCCCGCCGCCGCGCGUCCCGCCCUCACCGAAACUACAACUCCCAGGCCGCUCGGGGGUCGCGGCCGCCCCGCCCCGCCCCGCGGGUCGGCCCCCUCGGCGGCGGCGGCGGGGCGCGGCGGUCUCCCUGGCGACGCGGGCGCUGGGGCGCCGGGCGGGAGGCGGUCCCGCCCCCUAUUGUGUGGCUGCGGGAGCCGGGCCGCGCGGCGCCGGGCAGGAGUUCCUACCCUGCGCACCCCCGGGCUCACUUUGUGCUCACUAGGGACUGGCAGGCUUCCGGCUUCAGGGACCAUGCCUCUAGGGCCGGGGAAGGGAAAGCCUGGCAAAGUCUGGGCCCUGAGGACACUGGAGGAGAGCGAAUGGGAAGCUUUGGGCUGAAACCUGCUACCGGAUCAGAAGGCAUCCCUCCCGGGCUUGCUGGGCUGUGGACACCUCCCGGGCCCCUCCGUCUGGGCCCCGUGGAUAGGAGGGGCCGGCCGAGCAGGCAGCUGGGCUAUGUUUGCUGCCUCGGUCUGGCCGUCCUCAGCCUGGUCAUCAGCCAGGGGGCUGACGGUCGAGGGAAGCCUGAGGUUGGGUCAGGUGGGCGGGCUGGCGACAGUGCGGUGCUGGGCUGUGACCUGCUGCCCCCGGCUGGCCGGCCCCCGCUACAUGUCGAGUGGCUGCGCUUUGGAUUCCUGCUCCCCAUCUUCAUCCAGUUCGGCCUCUACUCUCCCAGAAUUGACCCCGAUACUUGGGGUGGGCUGGGGAGGGCCAGGAUCCCUAAGGGGGCAUCUCUCCGGAUCGAGGGGCUCCGAGCGGAAGACCAGGGCUGGUACGAGUGCCGAGUGCUCUUCCUGGACAAGCAGCCUGAGGACGACUCUGUUAACGGCUCCUGGGUGCACCUUACAGUCAAUUCACCCCCUCAGCUCCUGGAGACCCCUCCCCUGCUGGAAGUUCAGGAACUGGAGCCUGUCACCCUGCGUUGUGUGGCCCGUGGCAGCCCACAGCCUCAUGUGACUUGGAAGCUCCGAGGACAGGAUCUUGGCCAGGGCCGGGCCAGGUGCAAGUGAGUGCAGAAUGGGACGCUGUGGAUCCGGCGGGUGGAACGCCGCAGCUCUGGGGUCUACACCUGUCAAGCCUCCAGCACCGAGGGCAGUGCCUCCCACGCCACCCAGCUGCUGGUGCUAGGCCCCCCGGUCAUCGUGGUGCCCCCCAAGAACAGCACGGUCAAUGCCUCCCAGGAUGUUUCCUUGGCCUGCCGGGCUGAGGCGUACCCCACCACACUCACUUAUAGCUGGUUCCAGGACAGCGUCAACGUGUUCCACGUUAGCCGCCUGCAGCCCCGAGUGCGGACUGUAGACGGGAGCCUGCGGCUGCUGGACGCCCCGGACGAUGAGGGCCGCUACACCUGCGUGCGCAACGGCCUCCGGCGCCCGCCGGCCUCUGCCUACCUCACUGUGCUCUACCCAGCGCAGGUUACAGCGAUGCCUCCUGAGACCCCCCUGCCCGUAGGCAUGCGGGGGGUGAUCCGGUGCCCGGUCCGCGCCAACCCCCCACUGCUCUUCGUCAGCUGGACCAAGGAUGGGCAGGCCCUGCAGCUGGAUAAGCUCCCUGGCUGGUCAGGGCCCGAGGGCUCCCUGAUCAUCGCCCUGGGGAACGAGGAUGCCCUGGGAGAAUACUCCUGCACACCCCUACAACAGUCUCGGUACUGCAGGGCCCCCUCCCCGGUGACCCGCGUGCUGCUCAAGGCUCCCCCAGCUUUUCUAGAACGACCUAAGGAAGAAUAUUUCCAAGAAGUAGGGCGGGAGCUACUCAUCCCCUGCUCUGCCCAGGGAGACCCCCCUCCUGCUAUCUCUUGGGCCAAGGUGGGCCGGGGGCCGCAGGGCAGCCAGGUGGGCAGCAACAGUAGCCUCAUCCUGCGACCGAUGACCAAGGAGGCCCAUGGGCGCUGGGAGUGCACCGCUAGCAAUGCUGGCCGAGUGGCCGCCUCCACACAUGUCUACGUGCUGGGCACCAGCCCACACGUUGUCACCAAUGUGUCCGUGGUGCCUUUGCCCAAGGGUGCCAAUGUCUCCUGGGAGCCCGGCUUUGAUGGUGGCUAUCUGCAGAGAUUCAGUGUCUGGUAUACCCACUGUGAGGCCAAGCGUCCUGACCGAACCCACCACGACUGGGUGUCGCUGGCGGUGCCUGUGGGGGCUGCUUACCUCCUGGUGCUGGGGCUGCAGCCCCAUAUCCAGUACCAGUUCAGCGUCCUAGCGCAGAACAAGCUGGGGAGUGGCCCCUUCAGUGAGAUCGUCUUGUCUGCCCCCGAGGGGCUUCCCACCACGCCAGCUGCCCCCAGUCUUCCGCCCACUGAGAUGUCACCUGCCCUGUCACCUCCCCGAGGCCUGGUGGCAGUGAGGACACCCCGGGGGGUGCUCCUGCAUUGGGAUCCCCAGAACGGUCCCUAAACACUGGAUGGCUAUGUCCUGGAGGGGCGGCAAGGCUCCCAGGGCUGGGAGGUGCUAGACCGGGCCGUGGCAGGCACAGAAAUGCAGCUGCUGGUACCUGGACUCAUCAAGGACGUUCUGUAUGAGUUCCGCCUCGUGGCCCUCGCAGGCAGCUAUGUCAGCGCGAGCAACACGGCCAACGUGUCCACUUCGGUGAGAACCGGCCUGGAGGUGUACCCCUCCCGCACGCAGCCAGGCCUCCUGCCCCAGCCGGUCCGCGGCGUGGUGGGCGGGGUCUGCUUCCUGGGCGUGGCUGUCCUCGUGAGCGUCCUGGCAGCCUGCCUGACCAACCGGCGCAGGGCAGCCCGCCGCCGCCGCAAGCGCCUCCGCCAAGAUGCGCCUCUUAUCUUCUCCCCGCCGGGAAGUCAGCUCCGCACUCUGCCUCCGGGUUCGGGCAGUCCUGACAGCGUGGCAAAGCUGAAGCUCCAGGGCUCCCCGGUUCCCAGCCUGCGCCAGAGUCUGCUCUGGGGGGAGCCCGCUGGUCCCCCCAGCCCCCCUCCGGAUCCUCCACAGCGGGGCCCCUUACCCCUGGAGCCCAUUUGCCGGGGACCAGACGGCCGCUUUGUGAUGGGACCCAGCGCCGGGACCCCCCAAGAAAGGUCAGGCUCUGAGCGAGCUGAACCUCGGACCCCAUCCCAGCACCAGGCCAGGUCCUAUGACUGCAGCAGCAGCAGCCCCAGCGGGAUGCCCCAGCCCCUCUGCAUUGCAGACAUCAGCCCUGUGGGGCCCCCUCCCCGAGGCCCGCCCAGUCCUCUGCCUGGUCCAGGACCCCUGCUUCAGUACCUGAGCCUGCCCUUCCGGGAGAUGAAUGUGGACGGGGACUGGCCCCCUUUCGAGGAGCCCGGGCCUGCUCCCCCAGAUUACAUGGAUACCCGGCCCUGCCCCACCUCAUCUCUCCUUCAGCCCCCGGACUCCGCCACAGUGUCCCCCAGGGCAGCGCUUCCUGGGGCUGUGGUCGGGGCCGGGGCCACCCCAGAGCCCCUGUACACGGCACUGGCCGACUGGACACUGAGGGAACGGCUGCUGCCAAGCCUUCUCCCUGCCGCCCCUCGGGGCAGCCUCACCAGCCAGAGCAGUGGGCGGGGCAGCGCCUCGUUCCUUCGGCCCCCCUCCACAGCCCCCUCUGCGGGAGGCAGCUACCUCAGCCCUGCUCCGGGAGACACCGGCAGCUGGGCCAGUGGCCCUGAGAGGUGGCCCCGAAGGGAACACGUGGUGACAGUCAGCAAGAGGAGGACAUCUGUGGAUGAAAACUAUGAGUGGGACUCAGAAUUCCCCGGGGACAUGGAAUUGCUGGAGACUCUGCACCUGGGCGCGGCUGGCCCUCGACCCCGACCUGAAGCUGAGCCAGAGCUAGAUGUGAAGACUCCAGAGGAGGGUGGCCUCUUUGAACGCUGCCCGUGCUUCUGGCCCCGAGGCCGCUGUGCUGUCCUCCGGGAGGAAUUCCUAGCUUUCCGUCGCCGCCGCGAUGCCACUAGGGUCCGGCCACCGGUCUAUAGACAGCCAGUGCCCCACCCCGAACAGGCCACUCUGCUGUGAGAGCGCCUGAUAGGAGGCUGGGUGAAGGCACACAGAGCCUGCAGAGGGGAGGCCCCAGCAAGCCCUAGCUCCGGCCUGGAACACUGUUCCUGCAGCUCUGGUGGUGGUGGGCUUGGGUGGGCUUGCUAGGAGGUGUAUAUGCCGGGCCCCCGGAGUCCGGGGACUGGGACAGGGAUCUUAGAUCUGCCCGUGUGUGUGUGUGAGUGUGUGUGGUGACGGUGAUGGUGUUUGUGGUGUGGGUGAGGUUUUUUACAGGUGAAUAAAGAAAGUCUGACAAAUGUU